GAAAAUUUCAUUUCAAUGCCACCAAAAGCCGCGCGAGGGCAGGCCGAGACAGCGGCGCGGCAGGCGCGGGCCGCGGCCCAGAAGCACCUCGCCGCCACGGGCACGGGGCCGUCGCAGUAUGAGCUCGGCAACCAGCAUGGCGUGGGCAUGAGUCUCGAGCGCGGCGACAACACGCUCCAAGUGCUCGCGCAGCGCCGAGCCAAGGCUCAUCCCCUGCAUGAGUCCAGCCACGUGUCCCAUCAAGCAGCCGCCAGUGCCCCGCGAUCGACAACGGGCGCGAGCUCCAGUAGCACCAUCCAAGUCGCGUCGGAGGCCAGCGCUUCGAACGCGUUUGCGACGCCACGUGCAGAGGUUGGUGGCGCCUCGAAGAACCAACUGCCGACAGGAUGGUUGGAGGCCAAGGACGCAGCGACGGGCGACAUCUACUACUGGAACGAGACCACGAAGGAGACGUCGUGGACGAAACCCGGUGCUGCCGUUGAGGAGCCGCCUGUCGAAGAUCUCCCAGAUGGCUGGCAGCUCGUGACGGACCCGACAACCCAGUCGUCGUACUACUGGAACGUGCACACCCAAGAGACACAGUGGGAGAAGCCCGUCUCGCUCGCCCAAGCCAAGGCCGCCAAAUCCAAGCUCGACGCGCUCCUCAAGGGCAUCGGGAAGCGUCGCUUUGGCGACGACGACGGCGACGACGACGACGUGGCACCAAAGAAGGCAAAGCCCAGCGAGAACGACGACGACGCGACGCUUCACGCGUUUCUCGCCGACGUAGAAAGCACGGACGCAGUGACUCCUCCAUGAGCGUUGAUUCCAUGAGCGUUGGUGCAUAAAUGCCAGCAGUAAUGAGUCCGUGGCGGUGAUGCCGCUGCCAUCCAGCAACCGGACUGCGCUCGGCAUUACUACCCCGAUAUAAUUUUUCAAUCGCACCGCUCGCUCCCCUGUUACACGGCCCGACGCGUCCAGAGCGAGCGACGAUCUGCCGCGGAGGGCUCGGUGUUCACGCGAGCGCUGUGUGACGCACGCCAGUGCGAUCAGUCGUCGUGCGCGAUGCGCUGGGAUUCAGUCGGCGGACUUCAACCAAUUCGCCUUCUUUCUUGAUGGAUAUCAUUACGUAUGGCGCUGGCGACCUUCCCUUACUCGCAGCUGGAUCAUUGAAUUCGGAGGCCGUGCAGCUUCAACAUGUCCCAACACUUGACGCGUGCCGGACCUCGGGCGCCGUCCGUCGCUGCAUCUCAACAAGCAGAGCAAGGACGUCGGCCGAGUCAUGCAGAGACGCAGCGAAGGGACUGCGCUUCGCGUGUCGUCCAUCGCGAAGAAGAAGCCGAAGUGAUAUGGCCGCGGAAAAUGAUAUUUAAAUUAAUAUGAGAAAAAUGAUAUGUGUG